AUGGGUGUCUGGAUGAAAAUGCACAAGGACAAAUGGAAGGGGGUUGUGGGGCUCGAGGAAUGGACGGUGUUCGACGACAAUGGGAAGCUGCCCAGGCUCGCGGAGUUGAACGCGAUCUGGGAACCGUUGCAGGAGAAGAAGAAGGGCAUGAAUAAGGCAGAGACCGGUCAAGCCCCCAAGGACGACAUGGCGCUCCCAACCAAGAAGGUCGGCAAUACCAUAUUCAAAAUGAGCCGCGUUUUAAUCUGUGGCGGCAAUCAAGACUUACGGCUCCACAGUCAGCCUUUGAUCCUAUUGCCGGAGCUCUGCAAUUGGUGGGCCGAGAUUCGUAUCGCGAAAUCUGCCGAUAUGCAGCGCGAGAUCGAAGCACCCAAAAGGGAUGUUGGGCCGAGAGAGGCGAGCAGAAGAGAAGAGCCUGACAGAAAGGGCUGCCGACUCCACCGCUCUCCCCGUCGUACCGCUUGA